AUGGUUGGUUACAAUCCAGUGGAAGGUAGCUGGGAAAACGUUGGACAAGCCAUGUCUCAAUAUUUGCUUUCAGAUUGUUAUUGCGAGAUAGAUGAUGUUUUGUACUCGCUUGCUUCUGACCGAGUUCUGAGAUGGUAUGACCCUCAGGUAAGAACGUGGAGCAAUGUGAUGGGUUUGGUAGGACUACCCAAGUUACCUCCGGAUGAUCCUUUUGUUAAAAUGGCUAAUUAUGGUGGAAAGCUAGUUGUUUUGUGGAACCGCCCUCACGUCAGUACGGAUAUGCUUUGGUGUGCGGAGAUUGCGCUUGAAAGGCGCAAUACUUGUGAAAUUUGGGGGAAAGUUGAGUGGUAUGAUCCUAUGGUUGAGGUCCCUACGUUAGUGUCUAUCAACGAGGCUCUCUCUGCUACUCUCUGA